CCCCCGUUCAUGCCCAAAAUGCACGCGUCGUUUGCCCCAGAUCCUCCCGCCGCACUAAACGAAAACUGCGACUGCAAAGAUCAAGCGUUCUGAGAAAAAACGAUGGUCGUCGCAGAGACCAGGACUGCAAGACCGAAGGCAGCACUGCCAGCGGUCACGGCUGAUCUCCGCCCUGGUGCGAAAUCGGCACCAAGCAACCUGCCGAAUGAAAACGAAGUCAGCACUGAACAACGCUCCCACUCAGCCUGUACAAUUGUCCUUUGGGCGUUGACUCGGAUUAUACAGGGCUAAAUGCCUGCACCCGCGGAUUAAGCCCUAUAGUCGCGACGGUGGUCGAUGCCGUGGACACACGGCUGGAGUACAGGCUGUAAUGCAGGAAUGUCCUUUCCACCCGCAGCAAUGGGAGCGGCUCCUUCAUUUCAAGCUUCUCCACUUGUUUCACCCGCGUGUGGUCCCGCGUCCUGACAUGAUCCACCGCCGAACAGACUGAUGACCUGAACUGAUGGCUGCAGAUCACAUGCCUGCCCAUCAUACGCCUGCCCGACGCCUGCAUGGCUGGGACCAGCCGCUCCGCAACAUAGCCAGCCAAGUGCGGGUGCACGAAGGCAAACGCUCCGCAGGGGAGCACAACCUCGCACCGUGCCUCCCGCAGGGCCUCGCGACAAGCCGCAAGAUCUGCACCCUGCAACAAUUCGCCACGCACGGACGCCGGGCAGCGAGAGAGAGUGAGCAACCAUCUGCCCCAUGCAAUCCUCCACGCCAGGCCUACAACUGUACAUAAGGGAGAGACAGAGAGAGAGAGAGAUUUUCGCCCUCGCAAUGGCCGUCGUCACUGUCUAACGCCAGCGCGACUGUAUGGACUGGAGCGUGCGAGCUCUCCUCCCGUCGAAUUUCCUCAGGGAUGCAGGGUGCCCCGGGUCGAAGUUUGCAAAACUGGGCCUGGCUGGCGAGCCGACUCUCUGAAUGGCGCGACAGCUGCGGGGGCGCAGGUCUACAUUCACCUCGGCAGGCAAAUGCGACCCCCCACACUGCCCGUGCAACCCCGCAAGCCACGCGCGAGGCGAGAUUGCCAACCGCUGGGGAACGUCAGGGAAGACCAAGUGGGAUAUCACCAACAGGGAGAGGGCGGGGGCGAAAAGGAGGGGGACAAGGACAGUUCGCAUGUCUGGACGCGCAACUGGCGAAGCGAGAUGAAUCUGUUCAGUCGGUGGCAGCACCACUGUUGGGACGAGUGGUGUGCGAAAGUGAAACAACUUCACAAACAUAAACUUUCGGAGAUCCGCGCAGGUCCCUUGAAUCUGCGGCGGGCCCCCCUGGCGGAGAAUUACGCAACGCUCCUUGCGCGCGGAGCUCCGCGCGCCAGGGAGGGGGGCCCAGCGCCGACCGAAGAAGUCCACGCGGACCUUCAGAAGCUCUGUUUGUGCAAUCUGUUCUUCGUCGAUGAACUGUUGCCACCCCCGCCUACGCGGGGGACAAGCCGUUUUUUGGCACAGAGCUGACUGAACCAGGAAGCGGG